CCUGAAAGCUUCAACGAGAUGUGCUCUGAUGGAGAGCGUGCGAUGGCAGGGAGCUCGGGUAACGGAAAGCUGCGCCAGUGGCUCAUCGAGCAGGUGGACACCGGAAAGUACCCCGGUCUUGUGUGGGAGAACGACGAUAAGAGUAUCUUUCGAAUCCCGUGGAAGCACGCUGGAAAGCAGGAUUACAACAGAGAUGAGGAUGCUGCUCUUUUCAAGGCGUGGGCUCUGUUCAAAGGCAAAUACCGCGAGGGAAUCGACAAACCAGACCCACCGACGUGGAAAACACGACUCCGUUGCGCGCUCAACAAGAGCAACGACUUCGAGGAGCUAUUGGAGCGGAGUCAGCUAGACAUUUCAGAUCCUUACAAAGUGUACAGAAUCGUCCCUGAAGGAGCAAAGAAAGGGUCCAGAUCACUGGAAGACAUUCCAUCAAAUGCAAGCCCACCCAGUUAUCCACUACAUCCCUCCUAUACACCUCUCCAGAGUCAGGUGUGCAAUUUUAUUUCUCCAGCAGAGAGGAGCUGGCGGGAUUACCUCUCCGACAAGACCCCGAUAUCCGAAAUUCCCUACAACCAGAACCCAUACACCCCACGCUGGGAUGCAGGGUACCAGUUCAGUGGCUCAUUCUAUAGCUGCAGUGCAUCAGAGCCUCUGCCAUCUACCUGGACACUAGACUCCAGCAUGAAAUCAGCAGAGGCCAUGGCUCUUUCAGAUUACCGUCUCCAGGUGGUGGUGUUCUACAGGGAAGCCAUGGUACAAGAGGUGACGGUGAACAGUCCAGAAGGCUGUCUGCUGGGCGUGAGCAGAGAGGUAUUGCCCUAUGGACCAAACGAAGGCCCGGAGCUGGUUGAGCUUCCACAUGUGGAGCGGGCUCCUCUGGAGCUUGGUGUCCUGCUCUGGGUGGCACCAGAUGGGCUGUAUGCCCGUCGCCGCUGCUCCUGCAGGGUGUACUGGGAGGGAGGCCAUGCAUCGCCUGGCAACAAAGUCAACAAACUAGAAAGAGAGCAGAGCUGCAAGCUACUGGAUACCCAACUCUUCAUCACAGAGUUACAGAGCUAUGCUCUGCAUACGCGUCCACCGCCCUUUCCCCAGGUGCUUCUGUUCUUUGGGGAGGAGAACACAGAGCCUCAGAGACCAAAGAGGACCCUCACAGUCCAGGUUGAACCCCUGUUCACACGCCAGCUUCUUUACCUUACCCACCCGACCAGCAUGAACUACAUCCGCAGUCACAACCUUUCACCUCUGUCCCCGGAGCACACCAUUCCCACCAGUCAGGACUACCACAGAGUCAUUUCCCAUCAUCACAGUAAUGGCCUGUAACCUGUAGCGUUUCUUUUGGAGUCCAGAAAACUGAAGCAUUGAGGGCAGUCACAAAGGACUAAAGGAAACAUGCUGAGUAUGCUGCCAUGGGUCCUGUGUCAUGGGAGAGACAGUGAAUUACUUAAGGACACACAGAAGCAUACUGACAUGUGUUUUGAAGAAGGGACACACAAGAUAGAAAACUGUAGAAAUGUUCAGUGUAUGUCUGACAAGCACUUGGCCUUUUCUUUAUAUUCUUCAGUAUCAUCUCAGGGAGCUGUAAUGAAACAUUUCAUUGUGAUGUUUGUUGGUUUUUGUCUUUGUAUGUCUAUGUAUGUGUGAUAUAUUUGGGCCAAGAAAUGUAACUGUUACUACAUACAGACUUUGCUAAUUGCAGUACAUGUUAUUGUUUAAUGUAUUUUUCUAUAAAAAACCUUUUUAGCCAGAGCAGGGCUUUGUUUAUGUGAAGUGUACAUGCCAUGCCAUGCCAUGCCAUGCCAUGCCAUGCUAUGAUGAACAUGGGAGUAUGUAAUGUGUUAUUUGAGCAUAUGUAUAUGUGCGUCUAUAUGAGCACACGGGAAGUGUGGUUUUGAGAAACAGGAUGAUGGGUCUCAGACUUGAAAACUGAUGACAUCACACAGGAAGAGGAGUUAUUUUUGAUUAUUUAAAUUUUCCCAGUGAGGAAAUGUGUAUCCAGUUGUCAUUUUAAAAACUCUGAAUAACAAUUCAGAUAGCCAAUUCUUAACACUUCUGUAAAUAAAUUUUAAAAAGCAAAAAAGUCUAAAAGAAAUAAAUA